CUUCAAUAGUUAAAGAACAAUAAAAAUUCAAAAGAAGUAAUUUUUAAUCAAAACAAAAAUGGCUUCCAAGUUCAUUAUUCUUGCUGCUAUCGUUGCUGUUGCCCAUGCUGGUGUAUUAAGAUCAACUUAUUUACCAUCACCACAUCUUGCAAUUGAUACUCAUCUUGCCCGUCUUGAACCAUUAGAAACACGCUAUGAACCAUCAGAAGGUUUCAAUCCCGCUUAUGAAUUCAAAUAUGGUGUACAUGAUCAAUUCUCUGGUGAUUCAAAAUCAGCUCAUGAAAUCCGUAAUGGUGAUUAUGUACAAGGUACAUACUCAUUAAAUGACCCAGAUGGUACAAGACGUACAGUUGACUAUACAUCAACACCAUUGACUGGUUUCCAAGCUACAGUACGUAAAGAACCCUUGUUAGAAAAAACUGUUUUACCAGCUGAACCAAUUAUAACUAAAACAGCAAUCAUUGAACCAACCCAUGAAAUCAAAAGAUUCGAAUCAUUAUACGAACCAACCAUUUUAACUGCACCAUCAACUAGAAUCGUUGAACCAAAUUUAUUAUUACGUAGCGCUGGAUUAGGAGCAUUAAAAUUAGCUGAUACAAAAUUACAUUUAGCAACACCCGAAUUAGCCCCAGCACCAGCACUCCGUUUCACAGAACCAGCCACUAUUGCAAUUAAAAGAAACGAUGCCGGUUUAAUUCCAGAAGUUCUUACUGGAUUUGCUGCAGGUACACGGUCAUUCAGAACAACUGGUCCAAUAACUACUUGGUAAAAAAUAUAAAAAAGCAAUAAGAUUAUUUUAUUGUUAGGAGCUAUUUUAAA